UUAUUCAUUUUUUCUCUCAGCCUUUGCUUUUUUAUAUUUUGGGUUUUAAGGCCGCCGGCCCGUGCAUCUUUACCAAACGGCGAUAUAGAAAACGCAAAGCCCUCUGUCUCUCUGUCUCUCUGUCUCUAUCAUUCUCUUCCGUUCGCCGGAGUUCUACAAUGGCCGUCGCCGUGCCGGACAAUCUUUCUCGGGAGCAGUAUGUGUACCUCGCGAAGCUUGCCGAGCAGGCCGAGAGAUAUGAGGAGAUGGUUCAGUUCAUGCAGAAACUUGUUCUUGGUUCAACCCCUGGCUCCGAGCUAUCGGUUGAGGAGCGCAAUCUUCUCUCUGUCGCUUACAAGAACGUGAUUGGCUCACUUCGAGCCGCUUGGCGUAUUGUCUCUUCCAUCGAGCAGAAGGAGGAGAGCCGUAAGAAUGAAGAUCAUGUCAUUCUUGUUAAGGAUUACAGAUCAAAGGUUGAAUCCGAGCUUUCCGAGGUCUGUGCGAGUAUUUUGAAGCUUUUGGACUCGAAUCUUAUUCCCUCGGCCUCUGCCAGUGAGUCUAAGGUCUUCUACUUGAAGAUGAAGGGGGAUUACCAUAGGUAUUUAGCGGAGUUCAAGGUCGGCGACGAGAGGAAAGCCGCUGCUGAGGAUACUAUGCUGGCUUAUAGGGCUGCUCAGGAUGUCGCUGUUGCGGAUCUUGCACCUACUCAUCCAAUACGGCUGGGGCUGGCACUCAAUUUCUCUGUGUUUUACUUCGAGAUUCUGAAUCAGUCCGAUAAAGCAUGUAGCAUGGCGAAGGAGGCAUUUGAGGAAGCGAUUGCUGAACUCGACACUUUGGGUGAAGAAUCAUACAAGGACAGUACCCUUAUCAUGCAACUGUUGAGGGACAACCUCACUCUCUGGACUUCAGAUGCGCAGGAUCAGUUAGACGAGUCGUAGAAGGGCGGGCACCGUAAAGCUCGACCUGUCCUGUGCUUGUGAAGGAGGAGGGGAGGAGGUGGGCUUCAAAUGUCAUUUGCUGCUUAUGCUAUUUUAAAUGUGUGAAUCUGGAAAUUAAACGUCAUUAGUCUGUGAAUGAUGUCUUGUACUUGUACUCAGACUGACCUUGAUCUUGAAUUUGGAAGUUACAUAAUUGGUGGGUCUUUCUUCUUUCUUUU